AAGUUGAAACGAAACGUGCGAGUUUCUAGGUUAGGUUUAAUUGUGAAGUUUAUAAAUUUUAAUUUCAAACUGUAACUGUUAUAUAUUGGAAAAAUCUACGAAAAUGGAGGACAGCCGCUUUUCGCAUAUCAAGAGCGACCCCAAAUUCCGCCGGAUAUCCAAAAAAGAAAAGAAAAUCAAAAUCGACAAGCGUUUCCAGUCCAUGUUCAACGAUAAAAAAUUCAAAAUCAAAUACACCACUGACAAACGAGGCAGGCCCGUGAACCACACUUCCAACGAGGACUUGAAACGUUACUACGAGCUAAGCUCGGAAUCCGAGAGCUCCGACGAUGAUUCGGAAACCAACGAAAGCGAAACCGGAAAACCCAUCCAGAAGGAUACGGAGAAGUCAAGCAGCCAACUAAACGUGAAACAUUCCUCCGACAAAACUCUUCCUGAAGAUAUAAAAAAGAAACUACGCAACCUAACCGUAGAUUACGCCAGGGGCGAGUCGAAUUUGUUAUCGGAGAGUUCAUCGGACGAUGAAGAAUCUUCUAACGAGGUAUCAGACGAAGAAGACAUCGAACACAAAUGGGGCGAAUUGGAUGUAGAUGCAGAACGUACUGAAGAUCCCACAAGUAGAUUAGCAGCUUGUAACAUGGACUGGGACAGAAUCAGAGCUGUAGAUUUGAUGGUGUUGUUCAAUUCCUUCCUAAAUCCCGGAUCCAUAAUCAAGUCUGUAGCCAUAUACCCUUCGGAGUUUGGUAAACAGCGAAUGAAAGAGGAGGAGGUUAAAGGACCCACAGAGUUAGUCGAAGCUAAGGAGGAUGAACUGAGUGAUGAAAACGAGAACGAAGAAGGCUCAAAUUAUCACAUGGAGAAGCUGAGGCAGUACCAACUUAACAGGCUUAAGUAUUACUACGCUAUAAUAGCGUUUGAUAACGCGAAUACUGCGAAUAAAGUGUACACGGAAUGCGAUGGGAUGGAAUACGAAUCGAGCGCUAUAAAAUUGGACUUGAGGUUCGUGCCAGAAGAUAUGAGUUUCGAUGACGAGCCUAAAGAGUUUUGUGAUAAAUUGCCAGAAGUUAAUAAAUACCAGCCACGAUUUUUCACAAAUACUGCACUGCAACAAGCCAAAGUCGACCUUACUUGGGAUGAAACUGAUCCGAACAGACUGGAAAUAACAGAAAAAUUAAACACUGGUAAACUGGACGAGUUAUCGAAGGAAGACAUCCAGAAUUUUUUGGCUAGUAGCAGCAGCGAGGAAGAGAGUGAAAAGGAAGAAGAAAUAUCUAAUUCAGAAGAAGAAGGAAGCAAAGAAGAUAUAAUAAAUAAAUACAAAGCUCUAUUAAACAAUAUAGAAAGUAAAGAAAAGGUUAGUAAAGGUAAAGACGUUGAAAUGGAAAUAUCCUGGGGUAUAAACCUGAAAGAUAAAACCGAAAAACUAAUCAAAGAAAAGAGUAACGAAGGAAAAACACCUUUCGAACAAUAUUUAGAGAAACGAAAGGAAAAAAGGAAAGAAAAGAAGAAGCAGAAGAAAACCGAUGCAGAGGAUUCAGAUAUCCCUUCAGACAUCGAUAUCAACGACCCCUAUUUUGCCGAAGAACUGAACAAUCCCGAAUUUAAAAACCCCAAAAAUCAAAAGAGAAAUUCUAAAUCUUCCAUCAAAACAAACGAUGACAGUGAAGAAGAUGAUAAAAAACAAAAAGAACUGGAAUUACUCCUAAUGAACAACGAUGAUGACAAAAAUCACUUCUCUCUAAAGAAGAUUCAAGAUAAAGAGGUAUCGAAGAAAAAGAAGUGGAAGAAUAAGAAGAAAGAUGAUGAAGAAAUUCCUGAAGACAAUUUCAGCGUGAACGUAGAAGAUAACAGAUUCUCCGCUUUAUUCAGCAGCCACCAUUUCAACAUUGAUCCCACUGAUCCCCAUUUCAAAAAGACCAAAGGCAUGGAAGCGCUGAUGAAUGAAAAAUUCAAAAGGAGAAUCGAGAACAGCCAUGAAAGCGAUAAUAACAAGAAAAUAAAAGUCGAGAAGAAGAAAAACCCGGAAUUAAAUUUGUUAGUUAAAUCCAUCAAGAGAAAAAUCAAUAGUAGUUAAUAAAUGUACCAAUUUCAAUUUUUUGAAUAUAUUAAUUCAAAUCAAUUUCAAACAACAUACAAUAAAUUGGCAACAAUAUCAAGGUAGAUUAUUUUAUACUUGUAAAUAUGUAUAUUUAUUUAUACAGGAUAUUUGAUGUUUUUGUUUUAUACUCUAAGUAAAUACAUAAUUAACAAAAUAUCUGAAAUAGAUUGACCAACAAUUUAUUACAAGGAAUAGUUAAAAGCAAGUAUUCAUAUUGGUUUUUAUCUUCGGGAAAUUGCAAUACAAAUCGUUUCGGUUAAGUAAUAAUUAAAUUGAAUUUAUGUAUACAGAUAAGUGCAAUUUUGUACGCAAUACGGUGCAACAAAGACAACUUCCUUUAGUCGUACAUAAAGAAAAAAGAAAGUGAUAUUAUGGGAUUGCAACCUACUUACUCUAACCGCUGUUAUUUUAAUAAUAUCUUUGUUCAACUCUUAUAAUUCUAAAAAAUUGCAAACAAAUUUGCACCUAUAUGUAUACGUAUUGAUAUGAAGCUGAAAUCUUACAUGUACUCGAAAAACAAUUUGCAUUUAUAUUCAAUGUUCUAUCCACAAGUUCAAUCCGCAAUCCUUGUAAAUUAUACUCAUUUUCAACUUCAAAGAUUCAAUUAUCAAUUAAUAGAGCAUAAAGUGCGACAAUAGUUGAUAAAAUCCGACACAGUAGGUACUCUUUGUCGAUUGCUUCUAUUACAUAAAAUUACACAUUUCAGUCUAUUAUUUCUAGUUAAUUUAUUUUACAAGAGAGUAGAAAAUAAGCCACUUGUAAAAUUAGAUUUUAGAACCUUGAUAUUUUUAGAAUUGAUAAUUUUCGAAUCGAAUCAAUAUAGCAGGCAAUAUUUUUCGAGAAGCAACUAAUACAUAGAAUAUAUCACAUUAAGAUAGUGGUUAGUCUAAUAAUACAAAUGGCCACAAAAAAGGAGGUACUAUCAGUAAAAUGAUUUUACACAAUUUGGGUACGUUUUAAUACAAUCUUUGCAAAUUCAAAUUAGUAUUCAAAAGUAUUCAUUAGUAUUCAAAAGCACCUCCUGUUUUUAAUUUUCCAAAAUAAAGGAAAUUAACAAUACAGACUAGAUAAUUCUUACAAAUGUAGAAAAUCUUGAAAAAAUAAAAUCUCGAAAAGAAUUUAAGAAUAAUUAAAUAUUUAUCUACAAUAUACACAAAUCUCAACGUCUCCGCGAGAAUAAAUUCAAUGAUUCAAACAAACCUUUGAAGGUGAAAUUAUGCUUCUGAAGUUUAAGAAUUAACAAAAAUAUCAAUAAUAGUACUAAUAAAAGUAUAUACAUUUUUUUUGUUCUUCUGCUGUACUGUAAGACUCCAAGAAGAACUAACUUUCCAACACAAUAUUAAAAAUGAAUAAAUUACCGCGUUAAUUGCGCUAUUUAAUUUAAAUAGUACAAACUACAACUAUGCAAAUUCUAUCAUAAAUGUGAUAAAUAACUUCAUCCAGUCCGCGGAGUGAAGAACAAAUCAAAAAAUAUGAAUAUGAUAAUUUUGGUAUUAUUUUAAAUAAUUAUAGAAUUUUUUAAUAUCUUUGAGAUGUCUAAAUAUUAUAAAUUACAUAUUAAAAGUUAAUCAAAACAAGGACAUUAUAUCCCCAUAAAGUGCCUUUGUAAUUAACAUUGUUAAAAAUCAUAAAUAUGAAUGAAUUCUUUUUAUACAGGGUGUCUUCUAAAGGCAACAUUUUUUGUUACCUAUGCUUCGCUCCACAAUGAUUUUUAUAACCAAUUUACACAAUUUUUAGUCUUAAAUUACAUAAAUGAACAAAUGAAUUGUUUCUACAGUUUUUAUAAGUUAAAUUUUUGACCCUUUAAUAAUGAAACACCCUGUAUAAAGAGCAACAUUCUAAAAAUCUCAAUUCGUCCUUUUGCAUAAUUCACUCGAAUAAUUAUUACAUUGACUACAAUACUACAGUAAUUCCAUAAAAAAUUCAAAGAACCGUCAAAAACUCCUCGUUAUUGCACGUAAUCGAACUCCUAAAACAACAACAUAAAAGAUUCCACAACGAAUCCAUACUAUCAAAAGAAAAAACCAGAUCAAUCGAAUCCCCGCCAAAUAACGCGGAUCCCAUUGAAAUUACUAAGAUCGAUUCAAAAUUCAACUAACUAAAAAUUUGGCACGUUCCUCUGGGACGAUAAAUCAUUCGAAUCCCCCCCCACCCGGAUAAAAUUUACUCUUACCGCUACCAGCGAACCGGAGCGCUUUUAACUGGGACUCUCCGACAUUUCCUGAUCGUUCUUCGAUAUGGAUAGAUUGUCCAUCGGCAGCGCCCGCCCCGGAGACGGACUAUCGACGUUCCUGAACGUGCUGAAGCCCGGAGAAUCCGCACUGGAUAGAGAUUCUGGAGUACCUAUUGAACUCAACGAUCCCGGAAGAGAAGUACCUACAACAAAAAUAAAAAUUGUGUUCCUUAGAGCGUACUAAUGCAAAAACAAUCGUACCAGUGGUUGUAAGAAGUCCACCUCUGUCAGCGCUUCCGGAGUAACUGUACACCCUCUUAGCUCUAGGACAACUCAGAUAACCGAUUUUAUCUUCGUCCAAUUUCCGUUUGACGCCCAACGGACUAGGCCGGAAUACGGGGCUCGCGCUUCGUCUGACUAUCGUCCUCGAUCUGCAAACACCCGGUAAAUAAAUCCUAAUCGAUGGUGCUUACAGGAUGAUUUUCGAAUACCUCGUGGGGCUUUGGAAACCCAUCCUCGUAGGGGACGGGGAGUUGCUCAUGAAGUUGCUGCCGCUCGCCGGCAGAGGCAGCUGCAACGGUCCCGUUCGGUUGUUCUUCGACGAUUCGUUACUGUCGUUCAUUAAACUAAGGUCCUCCCAUGACUGGGAUAUUUGCAUGGCGUGGUGGAUCUCCCGUUCGUGGGCCAGUUCCCGCGUGUUGCUGAUCCCUUCAUGCUCCUCCUGUCUGAGCUGGUUAAUGCGCGGCGUUACGUGCGGGUUCAACACC